CUGGGACCCUUUAUAAACAAAGGUGACUGUCGAAUCCUCCCGCUCACUUGACCAUCAGAAACAUGGCCUCCUAUCUCAAAGAAAAGAUAACUGGUGCUCAAUCCGAUGUGGAUGCUGGCAAUGCAGACAAGUAUUUCAUCCAGGUAGCGGCAGCAACUUCUUACGACGAUACAAAGGGAAAGCAGAUCACUAUCAAUGGACCGCCCUGUGAGAUCAGCAAGAAUGCUAAAGUCGCCGUACGGAUAAACGACUAUCAAGGUCUACCACUCGGAUCACCAGCCACGAGCUCUUACUUCAACGACCCUGCACAUUCACAGGAUACAUACAGUAUAGCUGUCUCAUGGAUUCCUGAGGCAGAUAUCGAUGCAGAUGACUUGGUCUGGGGCAUCGAACUGAUCAACCCGAUCCGUGAUCGCAUUCCCGGACGCUUCAUCACCACUGCCUUCAACAUUGUAAAAGGCUUCGUGGAUUCGAGUCUACGCUGCGAUCCCAAUGCCGACCAACCCUGGCUUAACGGACCUGUGCUAUGUUCUUCAGCCAUAACCUUCAGCAUCGGCUCCAAAGGCUCCUGUGAGCUGCCCGCUAUACUCUCAGAAGGCAGUCUGAAAGACGACUCUGCCAUCCGUCAGAAACACAACAUCCCCACCACCGACUCACAACGCCGCAAACACUUCCUCGACGAGCAUAACCGCAAAGAUUUCGUAUUCGAAAAAGGACGCUGCUACGCCUUUGACUUCCACAACGGCUACAUCGACUGGAAAAACUACGCCCUCAAACUCCCUGGUUUUUCCUUUGGCGUACUGAAAUACAUCAACGACCGCACCCACACGACCAGGUUCGUUCUCAAGAGCCGCAAGACUGGAAAAGUAUGCGUAGCAACCACAUUCCGCUUACUAUAUGGCGAGGAACUGGAAAAGGCAAAGAAGACAAGUGGAGCUGCGGCAACACAAACAGGUGAGAAUGGGCAGGAGGAACGCUCUUUGCAGAUCGAUGGAGCUGAGGAUCAGCACAAGGAGCCACGAAACGGAAACAACCCAGAAAACUCGACCGUCGAUCAACAAACACCGGAGCAACGAACACUGCAAGGUCCUAAGGAGGUGAAAGAGGUUCACGGCCACUUGGAAGAGCUACCGAUUCGAGGAUCUACGGAGGUGAAUGGCCAUCCUUCUGAAGGUUCGAUCAAGUCCAAACAUCUGUCAGGCAGUGGUUCUGAUCUGGCACCGGAUGAAAACGGAGACCAUGCUGCAGAGGAAGCUGCGGAGAAGGUCAUUGAGGCAUCGGAAGAGAAGAGGCAGAGUGAGGAGCAUAGAGGAUCGAUUGAGGAAAGCCUUGUCGCGAAUUCGAGCAAGGACGAAAGAGCUUAACAUGGCAUUCACGAGUAUUCUGGAGCUCGUGGCUUAACGAGUAAUGUGCAAUGACGGUGGUAUACAUAUCUAGCUUACGAACAUCACGACCUAGCGUCUUGUUGAAACAAGUUGAACGAGAA